AUGUUCGAAAGGUGUAUUUUUAUAACCAUUGUUCUAUGCACCAUUAUUAGAGCAACGUUUGCUUGUAACGGUUAUACAUUAACGUUGCACAAAUAUGGUAGUUGUAUCCCGAAUGGAGUUAUCACAAUUCCCAAUAAAAACUCAAAGCUGGUCCUCGACAAAGACUGCAACAUUAUUUUAACCGGUUGCAUGGAAAUGAAAGCCUUCAAAACCGCAAAGGGAAGUUAUGUAAUUAAAAAAAGUCCUUUGCCUCCGAUGGAAGGGGACUUCGAUUUGUGCGAACUGGCCACUGAAAUUCCAGAGGAGGUACUACCAAUAUUUGACAUGUUCGGUAUGCCCAAAAAGUGCCCAGUUCAAAAUAAAAAAAUAUGUGCGGACGGUAAGAAGAAAAUUAGCAUCGCCAAGUUUAAAAAUCAAAUUGGAAUGGCUGCAGGAAAUAUUGAUUUGAAAUUAGAAAUGACACAUGACACCGGAAAAACUUGUCUGGAAGCUAAUUUUUCGAUUACAAAACCGAGGAAAGGAUAAAAUUUAU